AUACAGUCGCUGUAAAUCAGGGGUGAGGCAGCGGACGGGUCUGAGGUGGGAAGUCCGGACCCUGCUGCUGUUAAAGCUGUAGGGCAGUCAUGAAGAAACCCGAACCCCCGCGGCUGUAGGUCCGAAUAAAGCCGUUCCGAACCGGAGGACAGGCGGGGGAAGCUCCCCCAGCAGCAGAGAGGCGACACACGGCGGAGGUGUUCCUGCGGUUCCUCCCUGCUGGGAGCACAAUGUGGCUGAACCCGGAGGAGGUUCUGCUGAAGAACGCUCUGAAGCUGUGGGUGACGGAGAGGAGUAACGACUUCUUCCUGCUGCAGAGGAGGAGAGGCCACGGAGAGCCGACCAGCAGGAUCACAGGUCUCCUGGUGGGGGCGCUAGACACAGUGCUGGACUCCAAUGCCAGGGUCACACCCUUCCGCAUUCUGCUUCAGGUUCCUGGCUCCCAGAUCAGCUGGGUCAUCGCCAGCGGAGCUGCCAGAGAGGAGGUGAAGAAGCACUGGGAUUGGCUGGUCCACAACCUGCUUCACUCUCUGUUUGUGUUUGAGAACAAAGAGGAUGCUGCCAGCUUUGUCAAAGGAAAGGUCAAGGGCCUUAUCGCAGAGGAGACUCAGGGCCGCCAGGCCGCCCAGGAGGAGGACCCAGAGAAGUUCAGGGAGGCGCUUCUGAAGUUCGAGCGGCACUUCAGCCUCCCUUCAUCAGAGAAACUGGUGACCUUCUACUCCUGCUGCUGUUGGAAGGGCCGGGUGCCUCGGCAGGGAUUCAUCUACCUCAGCAUCAACCACAUGGCCUUCUACUCAUUUCUGCUCGGGAAGGAAGUGAAGUUUACAAUACCCUGGGCAGAGGUAACACAGCUGGAGCGGAUCGCCACCGCUCUGAUGACCGAAGCAAUCCGAGUCACCACUCGACAGAGGCAGAGGGAGUUCUCCAUGUUCCUGAACCUGGACGAGGCCUUCGGGGUCAUUAGUCAGCUGGCUGACAUCACUCUGAGGCGACUGCUGGACAGCAAAGGCCUGGAGCUGGACCGAGUUCUGCAGCAGCCCACACAGAUCACCAAGAGGACUUCUUUAUUCGCCACAAUGCAGGAUCCAAAUGAAGACACAGAGUGGAACGAUAUCCUGAGGAAGAAAGGCAUCCUUCCUCCUAAAGAGAUUCCUAAAGAUGAUGAAGAGGAGGAAGAAGCCCUCCAGCAACAGUCAGUGGUUAAGACCUAUGAGAGCAUGACACUGGAGGAACUUGAGGAGAAUGAAGAUGAGUUUGGUGAGGAUGAUGAGGCUGCCAUUGAGAUGUACAGACUGAAGCGACUGGCAGAGUGGAAAGCAACUCAGAUGAAGAACGUGUUCGGGGAGGUGGGGGAAAUUUCUGGUCAGGACUACGUCAAGGAAGUCAACAAGGCUGGAGAGGGCAUCUGGGUGGUGCUGCAUCUCUACAAGCAGGGCAUCCCUCUGUGUACCCUCAUCAACCAGCACCUGAGCAUUCUGGCUGGGAAGUUCCCUCAGACAAAGUUCCUGAAGUCCAUCUCCACCACCUGCAUCCCCAACUACCCUGACCGAAACCUGCCCACCAUCUUUGUCUACUUCGAGGGGGAGAUGAAGGCCCAGUUCAUCGGUCCUCUGGUGUUUGGGGGCAUGAACCUCAAAGUUGAAGCGCCUCGAUUUCCACCGCAGCCCAGCAGCCUCCGGACGUCCGACUCCAGGAAAUCAGACACCACAGCCCCAGACUCUCCCAGGAUCCACGGCGGUAACUCGGCUCCGAACAGGAACGCGGAUCCAACGGCGACAGUCUCCCACACCGCCGCACUUCCUCACAACAGCAGCAGCCCCAGACUCGACAGCCGAAAGCCGACACACAGCACCCAGGUCCACCAGGCCCUCGAAGGCAGGCCGUCAACCAGCAGCCACCGCCCACAGACCCGACGCCAGAAGAUCAGCCUCACGGCUUCAACAAGCUCUCCAACACCCUACUAUACCUUCUACUAUGAUACGGGGUUCUCUGAUGAGGAGGAGAUAGAGGAGCAGGUCCUGCGUAACACAGUCAACAGUGAAGCUCUCAUGACGGCCUUCAACCAAAACAUGCCAGGAACGGAUGGAAACAAAAACAUGGAAACCGUGAAGGAGCAACUGUGGGAGGAUCAUUUCUCAGAAUUCGGCCGUGGCGUCCACAUGUUUCGCACAGAGAAAAUCCAGAAGCUGGUUGCCAUGGGGAUCCCAGAGUCACUGCGAGGCGAGCUGUGGAUGACAUUUUCUGAUGCCAUCUCAGAGCUGGCGUCCCACCAAGGCUACUACACCAGCCUGGUGCAGAAAUCCAUGGGUCAAAGCAACUUGGCCACAGAGGAGAUUGAGCGGGACCUGCACCGUUCCCUGCCAGAUCAUCAGGCUUUCCAAAACCCCACCGGCAUCGCUGCGCUCAGGCGAGUCCUCACUGCAUACGCUCACCGCAACCCGAAGAUCGGAUACUGUCAGUCCAUGAACAUCCUGGCAUCGGUCCUGCUGCUGUACGCCAAAGAAGAAGAAGCUUUCUGGUUGCUGGUGGCAGUUUGUGAGAGGAUGCUGCCUGACUACUUUAACCGCAGAGUUAUUGGAGCUCAGGUGGAUCAGUCUGUGUUCGAGGAGCUGAUCAGAGAACGUCUGCCUGAGCUGGCUGAGCAAGUCCCGGACCUCUCCACCCUCUCCUCCGUCUCUCUCUCCUGGUUCCUCACCCUUUUCCUCAGCGUCCUGCCCUUCUGCAGCGCCAUCUGUGUGGUGGACUGCUUCUUCUUCCAGGGAAUUAAAGCCAUCUUCCAGCUGGGUCUGACUGUGCUGGAGGCCAAUGCUGCACAGCUGUCUGUGUGCACAGACGAUGGACAGGCGCUAAUGAUUCUCACCAGUUUUUUGGAACAGAUUGGAAAUGAAGAGGCUCUUUGUGGUGCGACUGCUCCGUCUCCAGAGGAAAACAGCUGCAGCGACACCGCUCAUCCUACUGCGGGACACAUAAACAUCACUGACCUCCUCAGUGACUCCUUUGAGAAGUUCAGAGACCUGAGUGUGCGGCACAUCGAGCGUCUCCGUUGUUUGCACAGAAUCCAAGUCCUGCAGGCCCACGAAGACACCAUCAAAGAAAACGCUUUACGACUUUUGAACCCCGAUGUCUCCAUCUCUCUUGAAAAUCUCUCUGACAUUUAUGACCUCUUCAAGACAGAGCACUUCAUCAGUCUGUACUGGGGCGACAAUAGCUCUGCAGCAGCAGCAGAAGCAGCAGCUUGGCAGUACAGUGAUGCCAGCCGCUCCUUUGUCGAGCGCCAGUACAGAGUGGACCGCCCCCAGUUUAAAAGCCUGUAUGGGCUGCUGGCGCCGUGGCCCUCCGUCUCAAACCAACACAGCGACACGUUGGCCAACCGCACCUUCAUCCUGCUGGACCAGGACUGUGACAACCUGGUCACCUUCAAAGAGUUUGCCAGCUGGCUGGACACUCUGUACUGUGAGGAGCUGAAUGAUAAAAUACGGCUGCUGUAUCGCCUUCAUAUCCCUCCAGCUCUGACUGAAAACGAAGAAGACUCGUCCCUCAGAAGCCCCCUGCUCUCUACAAACAGACCUCUCUACGUGGAGAACGAGCACUCAGGGGGAGAUGAAGAAGUGGGAGAUUACCAAAAUCAGCUAAAGCAGAUGCUGCAGGAUCUGACCAAAGAGAAGGACAAAGAUGUGGACAAGCCUCUGCCUCUCAUGAAUCAGCGAGAGUUCAUCCAGUUCUGUAAGACGCUCUACAGUAUGUUCCAUAACGACCCGGAGGAAAACGACCUCUUCCAGGCCAUCGCCACAGUUACCAGUCUCGUGUUGCAGAUUGGCGAGGCAAGUUACCAUGGGCAAGCCAAGGGUUCAGAGGUCAAUAGCCAAGAGGAGGCUAAAGCAUCAGGAUGGUCGCAGGUGGCCACUGCGAAUGGCGAGCUGGACAGUGGUUUGGCUGCAGAGAACGAGUGGACGAUCAGCUAUGCUCAGAUCUUGGCUUCACUGCUGACAGAGCCGGCACUGGUGAACUUCUUCGAGAAGCCACUAGACCUGUCAGCAAAAAUCUCAGAGGCCAAAGAGAACCAGUACCAGCAGCGGGCAGGUUUGCUCAGUCUGCAGCAGAGGACCAGGUGACUCCUGUGGGACCAGCAAGCUGCACUGGAACCAAAUGUCAGCAGGAUGUUUACACCUGGAAGCCUGAAUCUUGUUCAUAAAGCUUCCCUCAAGGCAUUUCAGGCAGGCUGACAGGACUUCAGAGGUUUACCAGAACAUUUUGAGCCAUUUAUUUACUACUAUGAAACAUUAGAGUUCUUAGUGUUCUCAAGUUAUAUAUUUUUCUUCUUAAAUCACUGUGAUGCCUUCAGUUUAACUGUUUUCCACUCUGAUCAGCCACUAGUGUUUACGGACAGUGACUAUUUUAUUCAUGAUUAUAAGGCCUUGAUUUCAUAAACUUUCUGUUGCUCCUAAUGUUCAAAAGCUGCCUAAUAAAAUUUUACCAGAAGACCUUAAAUGGAAAAUUUACAAGCUAAAAAUAUUCUUUGUAUUAAUUUUAUUACAUGUUUCUUUAAUAUUAAAUGUUUUCACAUGCUCACUAAUUAAGUUGCUACAUUUUUAUAUAUGUAUAUGUGUGUGUGUGCGUGUGUGCGUGU